AUGGGCAGAGAGCAUCAGAGGUACCAUAGAGUGCGCAUUUAGCAGCCAGAGCGGUUCACUUGAUACAGAAGUGUUGGUUUCAUUGAAACGAGCAGGAAGAUCAGCAACAGCGGACACGGAUACCCUGUAGGGAGGGGAGUUGGUACUGGGGUCCCCAGCAGUCUUGUCCGGGAGUGAGGCAGCACUUCAACAUGUCUGAAGAAGGUGGCCGUGUCCUGCGCAGUCGCCGCUCGAUUUCCAGGUCUACAGAAAAAGAAGAUAGUGUGAGAAGGGUAGAGGAUGGAGAGAAAUCCUUUAAGAGCAAUGGGCUUGUAGAUUUGGAUCAUGUAAUCAGCCGGAAAAUGGAACUGAAGCGAAAAGCAGAGUUAUUGAAGGCAGAGCUGAUGAAGGAGGUUGACAUUCAUUUUAAUGAAUUUGUGAACAACUUAAUAGAAGAAUCAACUGUCUUGGAAUCCACUAUUGCAGCUCCAAACUUCCACCCUGGAAAUGGAGAGAAAGAUGGUCACAAAACCAGGGGAUUGAGACCACCUCCUGAGCAUGGCAAACUGUUUGUAUCGAGACGUUCCCUGCUAGAUGAGCUGUUUGAGGUGAAUCACAUCCGUACGAUCUACCACAUGUUUAUUGCGCUCCUCAUACUAUUUGCCCUCAGCACUCUGGUAGUGGACGGGCUUGACCAGGGCAGGUUUGUUUUGGAGUUUGAUCUUUUGGUUUACGCCUUCGGUAAAAUUCCUAUUGUGGUUUCCACAUGGCUGUGUAUGUUCCUGAGUGCACUGAUCAUUCCAUAUGCCCUCUUCCAUCUGUGGGCUCGAGGCUUUAAGUCAUCUUCUCAUCGGAACCUUCGAUCUCUUUUCUUUGGGUCUUUGUAUUUAAUAUUUCAGAUAUUGGGCCUUGGGUUCUGCCCAGCAUACAUAGUACUGGAGCACAGUUUGCCACCAGCGUCUCGAUUCAUCGUUAUCUUGGAACAGGUGCGGCUUAUGAUGAAGACCCAUUCGUUUAUUAGAGAGAAUGCACCUCGGGUGUUUUCUUCCACAAAAGAGAGAUCUUCGGCUGUCCCUGUACCUCAGGUUACACAAUACCUGUACUUCCUGUUCGCUCCUACAUUGAUCUACAGAGAUAGUUAUCCAAGAAAUCCAGCUAUACGAUGGGGCUACGUGAUUACACAGUUUGCUCAGGUUCUUGGCUGCCUCUUUUACGCAUACUACGUGUUUGUCCGCCUCUGUAUCCCUCUGUUCCACAACAUUAGCCAGGAGCCGUUCAGCUUAAGAGUUUUGGUACUUUGUAUUUUCAACUCCAUUCUCCCAGGUGUACUUAUUCUGUUCCUGGCGUUCUUUGCGUUCUUACAUUGCUGGCUCAAUGCCUUUGCAGAGAUGCUGCGUUUUGCAGACCGGAUGUUUUACAAGGACUGGUGGAAUUCAACAUCUUUUUCCAACUAUUACCGAACCUGGAACGUUGUGGUACACGACUGGCUUUACUACUACGCUUACCGGGACUUCCUCUGGUUUUUCGGCAGGAGGUUUAAGGGCGCCGCCAUGCUGUCCGUGUUCACAGUCUCCGCAGUGGUUCAUGAGUACGCCCUUGGUAUCUGCUUCGGCUUCUUCUAUCCGGUCCUCUUCAUCCUUUUCAUGGGAUUUGGCAUGAUCUUUAAUUUCAUCCUGCACGAUCGCCGGAAAGGUCCCAUCUGGAAUGUGAUCAUGUGGACAGCCCUGUUUCUGGGUCAAGGUGUUCUUCUUUGUCUGUAUUCCCAGGAGUGGUAUGCCCAGCGACACUGCCCAAUCAGCAAUCCUGCGUUUUUGGAUUAUUUAAAACCCCGUUCAUGGACUUGCCGUUUGCAGCUUGAAGACUAAAACAUCAUGUGAUCUGUGUGACUUCCAUCUUGCCUCCAGAGUUGCCAGGAUACGGUUGCUAUGGCGGUGAAGAUGUUAGUUUUCUGAUAGGACUUAGAAAAUUGCCUGAGAAAUCAGUCACUUUUCUUCAUUCUGAGACUUAGCGCCAAAUGUGAAGCUUUGGAUGUCUGAUUCACAAAUUGUCAAAAUACUUUCCUGCUUUUUUUUUUUUUUGGAUAUAUCUAUCUUAUGUUGCAUAUUCUUGGGCAUUUUGCACACUGUUGCCAGAGGCAACUUACAUACUGUAUAUAGUACAUGAAACCGUACAUUGUAUUUUUUAUAGGGGCAUUGAGUUACUGAAAUCCUAUCUACGGUUCAAUGGCUAAACCCGAGGGACAAAGCAGGACCUUGUACCCGAUUUGCAUUGUUCUGCGACACUAGUUGAAUGUUUACAGUCUUUUAUACAAUCUAUUUGUUGAAUGUAACUUUGCACUCAGUGUGGAAGCAUUGUGCUACUUAAGGAGCCAGCUGCUGCUCCGUACACCGUGCCACGUCUCCUUCGUGUAUAGCAGUCUAUGUUCAGGAACCCUUCAAGAGCCUAUUGCAUUACAGAGCAAUAAUGAGUGUGGCUGCAGACUUAAAUCUUCCUAAUCACAGAAUUUGUUUAUUUUUAAUUCUAUACACAAUUUGUAAGCACAAAAGCAUCUGAAGACUUAGAUGUUUUUUUUAGUUGCAAAUAUCAGCAAUGCCAUUUUAGAUUUUUUUUUUUUUUUUAAUGUUCUAGAAGUGUGGUUUUUUUUUUAUUCGUACACAAUAAGAUCAGCCAUAGAAAUCCUAAAUCAAAAGUGAUAUACUAUGUACCUGUAGAUCACUUUAAUAAAUGGUUGGCUAUAUAAGUAUUUUUUUUAUUUUAAAGAACCUUCCAUCCAUUUCUACAUUUUCCUAUUCAAGCCUCUAACAAGCCACGUCACAUACUUUUAAACUUUAUGUAAACAAAACAAAUCACAACAUGAUGCAGAUUCUAUUUGAUAGAUGUAAUUUCUAAAUAUAUUUAUGUGUGAGAGAGAGAUGGUCAGUGUUGUUAUAGAGUGCAGCAUGUUAAUUUAAUGAAGAGAUUAUCCUUUUUUUUUUUUUUUUUUUCUUUCUUUCUUAAUUAUUUAGUUUUAAUACAGGUUUAACCUGCAGCUCAAUGCUUUAAAGAGAGAACACUUUUCAUGUUGAUCAUUAAUAUUUAAUUUAUUUUGGCCUUUGAUUAAAAUGGCCAAACAGUUGUACAAUUAUAGACCAAAUGAAGAUAAGUGGUGUCUCUGCCAAUAGUCUGCCACUGUCUACAUGAAAACCUCUCAUGUUUAUAGCCUUUGUGUACUUUGAAAAUACUGGUGGGCUGGCACUGCUUGUCUGGAGAUCUUCUCCUUUUUUAUAUUUUUUGUAUUCCGUCCAAAAAAACACACACACAAAAAAAUGCACGUGCUGGUAAAGAAGAUUGGUUUAAAUUAUACAUAGAGAGCAAAUAGCAGGCCUGGCGAGAUUGCCGUCCCGCGCUUUGGGGAAGCCCGCACUUUAAGGGGUGAGGGUAUGAGAAGUUUCAAUGUAUAUCCUGUUUUUUGUUUGUAAAGAAGUGUUUAUGAUAUCAGGAGGUGUAAUAUAUACUGUUGUUCUUUAUAUAGAUAAUACUGAAUGUUGGGACAGGGAAUAAGAGCGCAGGGUUGUGGGGUCCUACAAAAGUUGUCUUGCCUAGGGACCCACAAAUUCUAAGGGUGUCCCUGGGAAAUAGCAUCACAUAUUGCAGUGCAAUCUAUUGCAGACCCAUCUGGUAGCAAAACUAUUAGAAACAAAAAUGUUACGUGACCGGUGUAAAUUUACAAAACAUGUUGUAAACGUGCUGAUUUAUGUGAACAAAACUACAAUUGAGUGUUUAUUGGGUAUGUUAACAAAUUCAUGUCGGUGUGCAUAUGUUCAUUGGACAUAAAUUCUUAAGCAAAUUCUGAUGCAGUUAUUUUGAAGCUUAAACAUAAAAUACAUUUAUUUUUUUCCAAAGCGUAUUUUCCUCGUUUGUGCCAAAGGUACCACUGCCUACUGCAGUUUGUCAGCGCCUUAAAGCGAUCCUGAGCGUAACUGUAUAUUACAUCUAGAUUGGCUUCAAGUGUGUAUGCAGCUGUUUCAGAACAGAUCAUUCACAGGAAACUCGCUUUUGAAGAGAAGGGGACACCUGCAGAGUCUCUCUUUUUUUUCCAUAAUAUAUAUUUUUUUUUUAUGUAUCAUCUUAAGCUUUCAAAUUAAAUAUUAAUUGCAGAAUAAAUUGCUUAGGUUUUUUUUUUGUUUUUUUAAAGCUUUCUAACAAGCUUAAUUUUGAUUUGACAUAGCUACAGUCAGUGUAUAAAAAGUUUAUAUUAUAGCUUUGAACAAUUUACCAUUGUAUACUGUUGGGUAUGGGUAGAGCGCCCUCUACAGUUCUGAUUUGCAUAAGUGGAACAAGGGAAACUGUUACCAGCUAAAAUCAAUCUUUUAAGGUUCCUAUUUAAUAUUGUUUAUGACUGACCUUUCCAAAUAAAUGGUUUAAUUUUG